UUCUCUCCCAACACACACAAGCAAACCCCAGUUCGUAACUAGUCCCCACUCCCCAUGAUUCAAAGACUAAUUUGAGACCUAAUUUUGAAGGUCCGUGCGCAUUAAUGGAGUUUCCCUUGCUUUCGAAGCUUCUUGCGAACAUUUUUUAGGGCAUGCCUGCUUAAAACCACAAUUAAAAUGAAUGGCUAUAAUCCAGUAGAGCAAACUGUGAACGAAAUUCUUCGUGCAAUCAAUCCCUCGAAAGAAGAUUGGACGAUUAGAUUUCAUAUUAUAAAUGAGGUCCGAGCUGUUAUUGAAUCCAUAGAAAGUUUGAGAGGUGCAACUGUAGAACCAUAUGGAUCUUUUGUUUCCAACCUCUUUACAAAAUGGGGAGAUAUAGAUAUAUCCAUUGAGUUGCUAAAUGGUUUAUAUAUUUCUUCUCCUGGAAGGAAACACAAACAAAGCUUGCUAGCGGAUAUCAUAAAAGCUCUGAGAAAAAAAGGUGGAUAUCGCAGGCUAAAGUUUAUCUCCAAUGCAAGGGUACCUAUUGUGAAGUUUGAGGGGAGCUUUAACAUCUCAUGUGACCUUUCAGUCAACAACUUAAGUGGGCAAAUGAAGUCAAAAAUAUUAUUCUGGAUCACUGGGAUCGAUAGCCGCUUCCGUGAUCUGGUUCUACUGGUCAAGGAAUGGGCCAAAACUCAUCAUAUCAAUGAUUCGAAAUCUGGAACUUUGAAUUCGUAUUGUCUAAGUCUGCUUGUGCUUUUUCAUUUUCAGACUUUGGAACCUGCUAUAUUACCUCCUCUUGUAGAAAUAUAUCCAGGGAAUAUGGCUGACGACCUUACAGGUGUGCGAGCUGUUGCAGAAAAAAAUAUUGAAGAUACUUGUGCUGUAAACAUUAAAAAAAUUUGGGCAGAUAGGUCAAGAGCGAUCAACCGGAGCUCUUUGUCCGAGCUCUUCCUUUCCUUCCUUGCAAAGUUUUCUGAUAUUUGUUCAAGAGCUUCUACACAAGGUAUCAAUCCAUAUAUGGGGCAUGCGGAGGAUAUUAACAUCAACAUGAGAUGGCUGCCUAAAACCUAUGCAUUAUUUGUUGAAGAUCCCUUUGAGCAGCCAGCUAAUACAGCUAGGACAGUCAGCAGCGAUCAAUUAAUAAAGAUUGCAGAAGCAAUUCAGGUGACUCAUCAAAUGCUUCUCUCGCCAAAUCAAUAUCAAGCUUCUCUUUUUUCAGUUUUGGUGGGGCCGCAUCUAUCAUGGUUAGAAAGGAGAGCAUUUGUAUCAACUUCAACAACGCAGCAAUCUACAUCAACAACAUCUAUUAGCAGGAAUGCACCUUUUAACAGGAAUACUCCUAUUAGCAGGAAUGGCGUUAAGACACGACCAGAGAGAAAGCAGCCGCCUUUGCAGACACUGCAGAAGUCUCCUGACAAAGUAGUGGAUAAACCUCAAAAUGGGGAAAGCAAUGGAUCUAAUCAUGCAUCUACAAGUCAGAAACAGCAAGUUUGGAGGCCAAGAUCUGAGCCCAAAGCAGAAAAAAACAGUUCAGGUGACUGAGUCUAUAUUUUGCUUGCCAAGACCACUCUUUUUUGAGAGCACGGAUCGGACUUUGUCUCUGUUGGUGGGUGGAAAGCAAUAUCGCGUUAAAAGACUGAAUUUCAUGUCUGUCAUCUUUAAUGAAAAUCUAUGCCAGGCAUGUUCAUUUUUGUUUGUAUACCAUGCAAAAAUAAUUUGAAUGCGACACAUGCAAAGCUCAGUUCCAAUGGCUAGUGGAAAACUGAUGUUUUGUUAGUGCUGAAAGCAAUCUGGUGUGUCAAAACAAUUGUUGAGCAUGAACUUUUGCUACUUAAGCAUUUGAGAAGAUUUAUGAAACAAUUAAA